CAUUAAGCGUACUUCCGGUUAAACAUUAUUUAUCUUUUGUCAGGGAAAAGUCAAUAUUCCCCAAUUAAAGUUAGCCAUGUCACAGUUUGCGACUCCAAAGAAUCCACCCUGGGCAAGACAGUCUGCUACGCCAGAUAUGAACACCAUGAACACUGUUUCUACACCAAAUUCUAUUUCUAUGGCACAACAGCAGGCACAAUCUAUAAUGCAGGCACAACAGUCCCCCUCAAUGAUGCAGCAAUCUCCCAUGAUGCAGCAGUCUCCUACAGUGUAUUGUAUGGGGACCACUACCCCCACGUUACAGACUCCACAGUAUGCCACACAACAGUUGUUAGGGUUACAGCAGCAAGCAUUGCAACAGCAAGGUCCACCACAAAUCAUUCCACAGCCAGGGAUAGCUAUCCCUACAACCCUAGCCUCAAACCAACAGGUAGCACCGGUCAGUUACCCUAAUCCCAGGCAAGUGCAGCAGGCAACACCACCUAAACAACGAGUCUUUACUGGUACAGUCACCAAGCUUCAUGACAACUUUGGUUUUGUUGAUGAAGAUGUUUUCUUCCAGACAAGUUGUGUAAAAGGCCUGAUUCCAAAAGUUGGUGAGAGAGUGUUAGUAGAAGCCACCUACAAUCCUAACAUGCCAUUCAAAUGGAAUGCAACACGAAUACAACUCCUUCCUAAUCAGCAAGGAUCAAACCAAGGAAAACCAAGUGUAAUGGGACAAUCUGUACCAUCAUCAUUAAUGGGAGAUAACCCAGGAAAUAGGCCAUUUUCAUCAAAGAAAGGAGAUAGAUUCAGAGACCGAGAGAGAAAAGGCUUCAGUGAUAUAAAGAAAGAGCCUAGAGAAAGACCAGAGAGACCUUUACCUCUAAAGAAGAGGUCUCGUUCAAGAACCCCUAAACGUGGAGAUAGAAGUGGUAGUCCACGUAGACGUAUGAGAGUUGUACCAAGAUAUGUAGUACAGAUACCAAAAUUAUCAUUCAAUUUACAAGCAGCUAAUGUGGUUACACUGAAGUCUAGGUACAGCAGUAUGUAUGUCCCUAGUGAUUUCUUCAAAGCCAACUUUACAUGGAUGGAUGCUUUCCCAUUGACGAGGCCAUUUCAGUUAGGACGUAACUGUGAGUUCCAUGUCCUUCACAAAGAUGUAGAGUCUAUCAACACUUCAGAUGCUUUACUCGAUCCACCAGAUGCUGAUCAUAGUUUUAAUGCUAAGGUUAUGCUUCUAUCUUGUCCUGAGUUAGAGGAUUUAUACCACAAAUCGUGUUCACUGUCAGAAGAUACUGCUGAUGUUCAGGAGAAUUUUGUACAUCCUACAAGACUUAUCCAUUUUUUAGUUGGUGUCAAAGGCAAAAAUGAAACCAUGGCAAUAGGGGGUGCAUGGUCCCCAUCACAGGAUGGUUUGAAUCCAGACGAAGACCCAAAAGUACUAAUUAAAACUGCUAUCCGUACAACAAAAGCUUUGACUGGUAUCGACUUGUCAGCUUGUACCCAGUGGUACAGAUUUGCUGAGGUGCGGUACUUACGACCAGAAGAGAUCCAUAAAGGCAAGCACCUGCCAACCAGAGUUGAGACUACGGUCAUUUUCUUCCCAGAUGUAUGGAGUUGUAGUCCAUCCCGCCUUGAGUGGGCAUCGCUACAGACAGCCUACAAAAAACAACUGCAGAAAAAGAUAGCCGCCAUUUCUGAUGGCCCUAAAGACACAAGCUCACAGGAAGAAGAUGAAGACACAGAAAAUGUUGAAGUCAGAGAUCCUACCCACUUCUCACAGCUAGAUCCCAAGGCUAUGAAGAUUAUAGAUUUACGACGAGAAUUAGAGGCUCGGACAUUGAGCAACAAAGGAUUGAAGUCACAGCUGAUUGCUAGACUGACAAAGUCACUGAAGAUGGAACAAGAGAAAGAAGAAAGUGACGAACAAGUGAAAGAAGAAGCUUCAACUCCUAUGGAAGAAGAAGUACUAAAGAAUUUAGAAGAGGAAAAAACAGAAGAAAAAAAGAAAGAGGAAGAAGAAAAGAGGAAGAAAGAUGAAAGAGAGAAAGUAUCAUUAGAAAGGAAGUAUGCUCUACCAGAAAACCCCGCUAUAUUGGUGCAUCCGAACCCUCUGGCUAAGUCUGGAAAGUUUGAUUGUGCUGUCAUGUCUCUCAGUGUCCUACUGGACUACAGACCGGAGGAUAACAAGGAACACUCAUUUGAGGUGUCGUUGUUUGCUGAAUUGUUCAAUGAAAUGUUAAUGAGAGAUUUUGGCUUUGAAAUCUACAAAUCUUUGGUACGAGCCCCAGAAAAGAAAGAGGAAGAGAAAAAAGACAAAGAGAAGGAAAAAGAGAAAGACAAGGAUAAAGACAAAGAAAAGGAAAAAGAUAAAAAAUCAGAAGAAAAAUCAACUAAAGAGCCAACGCCUAAGAAAAGAAAGAAGGAUGAAGAAACAAAAGAUAGUAAGAAAGAUGGUGAAAAGAAUGAUAGAAAGGCUUAUGUGGUCAAAAAGGAUGCUGACGAUAAAAGUGAGGAGAAGAAAGAGGAAGAUGAAGAGGAAUCAGAUGAUAAAAAAAAGAAGAAAGAUAAAAAGAAAUAUUUCACCAGGUUCCCUGCCCUGCUGUUAUCCUUUACUUACUUUGAUCAGAACCAUACUGGUUACCUGAUUGACAAGGAUGUAGAGGAGAUCAUUCACACUAUAGGUCUACAGUUAUCUAGAGCUCAGGUGAAGAAGUUAGCCCAGAAAUCUGUAUCACGGGAUUCCAUACACUACAGGAAGUUGACAGAUAAACCACUUCCUGGUCAGGUGGUGGACAAAGAGGAGGAGUCUAAAGAAAUCAAAAUCAUAGAUACAGAAACGCUAGCAUUAGGCAAUGCAGAAUAUGAUCCUGAUUACAAAGAUUCCAAGUCGGGUAGUAGUAACAGAACACCAAAAAAGGGGGAGGAUGAAGUACUGACAGGAAUGAUCAAUUAUAAAGGAUCAGUCUUAGACAUAGAGAGUUUGUUAGACAGAUUAGAGAAAAGUGAGAAAACAAGGCUGGACAUGGAAAAGGAAAUGCAGAAAUUAUCAAAAGAUAGAGAUACAAUCAAGACAAAUUUAGAAACGAAAGAAGAAUCGAGUCAAAAAUUGAAGGAGGAACUGAAACAAGUAAAACAAAAACUAUCCAAUCAGGAAAAGCUAACCAACUUCUCUGAGUCAGCGAGUAAGAAGUACAUAUCGGCUCUGAUGCUGUCGAAAGAUCAUCUAACUACCAUGCUGGACACUGUUUCUGCAGCGUUGGACGAAAAAGAUAUAAAGAAAGAAGACAUACUGAAAAAGGAAGAAGAAAAAGUUGCGGUUAAAAAAGAAAAAGUUGAAAAUGGGGAUUGAAUAUGUUGUAUGAUUUGUAUAUCAUUGUUGAUUAUUGUUGAAGGAGACUGUUAUGUUUUUGUUGGGGUGUUACUUGUACACUAUUUGAUGCUUAGAUAACACUGAUUGAUCCUAAAAUACAUGCAAUUAAAUGUGAAAUUGACAUGAGGAAAUAGCAAUGGUCUUGAAUACACACAAAUAUAAAUGAAACACAAGAAAUUUUAUGUAAAUCAUGAUGAUAUGACUUAAUCAGACAUUUUGUGUAUCAUAAAUUGACAUUGAUUUGUUUCACGUGCAGUCAAUGUGAAUGAAAAAAUAAAUAAAAAUAAAAUUUCUCA